CCCCAACCUCCUAGCUCCUCUCCUCCCGAGCCGGCGCUGUGCCCGGGGCGCACCGGGAGGAGGGACCAGGAUCCGGUGCCCGGGCGCAGAUACUGACACCAAGGGAAUCCUGGUGCGCACUCCCCCCCCCAUCCGCCAUGUGGGCCCCCGGAAACCCGACUCCGCCACCCGGACUGCUCGGUGGCCCCGGCCUCAGUCCUGGCCCGGCGGAGAUUCUGCGAACAUUCAGGUCCCAAACGCAGGCUGCUUCCCUCCCCCCAUUCAAUUUAUGGGGCUGUGGCAACCUAACAGAGGGACUGGCUUCGCCCCUGAGCCCCCCGGCCCCCGCCAGCCACCACCCCCGCGCCCUUAGCCAUCCUCGGCAGGUCUCAGCCCCGGCUCGUCGCUGCCUCCGCCCCCGCCCCAGCCAUGCUGCACACGGAGGGCCACGCUCUUCUCCGGGCCGUGGGGCAGGGUAAGCUCCGCUUGGCCCGUUUGCUUCUGGAGGGGGGUGCCUACGUGAACGAGGGCGAUGCCCAGGGGGAGACGGCACUAAUGGCAGCCUGCCGAGCCCGCUACGACGACCCCCAGAACAAGGCGCGGAUGGUCCGCUACCUCCUGGAGCAAGGCGCGGACCCCAACAUCGCGGACCGCCUGGGGCGCACCGCACUCAUGCACGCCUGCGCCGGGGGUGGGGGCGCGGCCGUGGCCUCGCUGCUCCUCGCGCACGGCGCAGACCCCUCGGUUCGCGAUCACGCGGGCGCCUCGGCGCUGGUACACGCCCUAGAUCGCGGGGACCGCGAGACCCUGGCCACCCUGCUGGACGCCUGUAAGGCCAAGGGCACCGAGGUCAUCAUCAUCACCACCGACACCUCGCCCUCGGGCACCAAGAAGACCAGGCAGUAUCUCAACUCCCCGCCGUCCCCGGGGGUGGAGGACCCCGCGCCCGUUCCGCCCAGCCCGGGCGUCUGCACGUCGCCUUCGGAAAUCCAACUCCAGACUGCGGGAGGAGGAGGAAAGGGGCUGCUAUCCCCUCGCGCCCAGGAGGAAGAGGAGAAGAGGGACGUGUUUGAAUUCCCUCUCCCUAAGCCCCCCGACGACCCUUCCCCUUCCGAGCCGCUCCCCAAGCCACCCCGCCACCCCCCGAAACCACUCAAGCGGCUCAACUCCGAACCCUGGGGCCUGGUCGCGCCUCCUCAGCCGCUCGCGCCCGCGGAAGGGAGGCUGGGGAUGGAGCGCCUGACCGCCGACUUCAACGGCCUGACUCUGAGCGGCAGGCCGCGGCUCUCCCGCCGCCACAGCACGGAGGGCCCCGAGGACCCGCCCCCGUGGGCGGAGAGAGUGGCGGGCGGGGGUCCGCUGUCGCGCCGCAACACCGCGCCCGAAGCGCAGGAGCCCGGGCCGCCCUCGGGGCUGAGGCAGAAACUGAGCCGCAUGGAGCCGGUGGAGCUCGACGGCCCCGGCACGCUCUGCCCCGACUCGCCCGAGUGCAGCCGCCUGGCCCUGGAGCGCCGCCGCUACAGCGCCUCCCCGCUGACCCUCCCUCCCGCCGGCUCCGUCUCCUCCCCGCGCCAAUCCCAGGAGAGCCUGCCCGGGGCCGUGUCCCCGCUGAGCGGGCGGAGGCGGAGUCCCGGGCUGCUGGAGCGGCGGGGCUCGGGGACGCUGCUCCUGGACCACAUCUCGCAGACGCGGCCCGGCUUCCUGCCCCCGCUCAACGUCAGCCCCCACCCGCCUAUCCCCGACAUUCGCCCCCAGGCCGGGGGUCGGGCGCCGUCCCUGCCCGCCCCCCCGCAGGCCGGGGCCCCGGCCUCGCCCAGGACCAAGCGCAAGUUGGUGAGACGCCACUCCAUGCAGACUGAGCAGAUCCGCCUGCUGGGGGGCUUCCAGAGUCUAGGCGGGCCCGGGGAGCCGGGCCGCUGAGAGGGCCGGCUGCCCAGGCGGCGGGGGCAGGCGGGGCAGCAGUUCACACCCACACCGUGGACGCAGCGCUCUCUUGCAUGUGCUGUGGGCUUGCUGCACACAGCGGGGAAGUGUCCACAAGCACAGUACUCUCUCGCGCAGGGAAGGGUAAGUGCUCGCUGGGCAGAGGUGCAGGGCAGUCAUGCCCUGGUCCCUUCACCUGCCUACGGGAACUACCUGUGCACCCCGGAGCAGGGCACACACAGGGCCACUUGUGCUAGGGCCCCAACGGGUUCCAGAAUCACUUGCAUUUGUUCAGCUGCAGUGGGGACCCCUACCUGUGGGCAGUCCCCAAUCUCAGUCCUGCAGGUGAACCUCCUUGCUUUCUACUUGUGCCCUGCAACACAGCCCUCUCAUGAGUUUGCACACGGCCCUUUUCGUGAGUAUUCCACGCACCUCUGCAGGUCUUGCUUUGCUCUCCAGGCCUGGCCCGUGUUCACACCCUGCUUCCAGCCCUAACCACUUUUCAGGCUCUCUUCACUGUUCAUGGGGGUUUCUUGCCGCAAACCCCGGCCUCAGUUCUGCAGCUUACCUUCCUGCUCUCGGCUUUCCUUCCCAACUCCUUGCUUCUUAUUCCCACCCUGUUCCCUCAAUACACCAGGUUGUCUCAUUUUCCCAGUGGGUGGGUCAUGGGCUCUAAAGCUGCUAUUCUGUCUGAGCUUAUGAACACCCCCACAGGUAGAAGUGGGGAUUGACCCUAAAUCACUCUUCUCUCCACCUGACGUCAAAUAAAUGUGU